CAACAACCCACAACAACAACACACCUCUCACUCACCACAACAAUGCCUGCCGUUGUUGUUGUGCGGAGCAGGCGCAGCGGCGUCAGCAACAGCAGCCUUCGGUGUGCAUGGCUUGCCUUGUCGGUGCUGUGUCUUGUGCUCGUGUGUGGAGUGCCAGGGUGCAGUGCCGCAAACUCCCGGCCGUACCUGGUGCAAAUCUCGCCCAACAAGGUGCCGGAGAACAUCCCGGAGGGCGACGUCAUUGCGCAGUUGUCCACCAUCGACUUUGACUUUGACCAGACCCACACGUACCAGCUCAAAUCGACGCACGGAGGAAGAAUAGCGCUGUCUGGCGACAAGCUCGUGGCCACCAGCAUCCCGCUCAACUACGAGGUGGCGGAGAUCACGUACCUGGAGAUUGUCAGCACAGACAACGGCUCUCCUCCGCUCUCCCAAACGUUCCAGGUGCCACUGCGCAUCACAGACAGGAACGACCCUCCACACCGUCUCACCCUCUCCAACCCAAUCAUCACCAAGGACCUCAAUGCCUCGGACACCAUCGGCUCCUUCACAGUGGCUGACCAAGACAACAACCGAAACCGCAACUGGCUGACGGGGAGGCCCACGCAGACGCACGUGAUUGAGCUGUGCCCAAGUUCGUCAUUCCUGGGCUCGUUCCUCUCCAUUGACAGCAGCCUCAACCUGGUGCUGAGCGGCGCCGUUGUCGGCGUGCCUGAGCAGUUUGACGCCUGCUUCCGCGUCACCGACUCCGGAUCGCCCCCCGAGUCUGCAGACUUCACCAAGACGCUCAUCUGGGAAGGAAGCGCAAAGCCGCCGCUACUCAUCACCUUCACCGCCACGUCCAUUGAAGAGACCACCCCCGUCUCUACCCAGGCUGUGGGCGGCGUCGUUGGCCAGGCCAUCGCCUACCACCCCGACAGCACCGCUGUCAUUGAGUUUGCCACGCUCCCCGCCGACACCCUUGCCGUGUCAAACGACACAGCGCCCACCUGCGCUGUGCUCACUGCUUCCGAGCUGCCUGCUGGCGUGACGGUUCCAGACUACAUAUCAGAGGUGGCGCGGUGCAGUGUGGAUGUUGUGCUUGUGCGACCGCUCAACUACGAGGAGGACGAUGCCAACAUCACCGUGACCAUCAGCGCGCAGGACGUGAACGCACAGCUGCCUGCGUUUGCCACCUUCUCCCUCGCCCUCACCGACGCAAACGACCCGCCCGACGGCGUGUUGCUUGCAAGCACCGUACGCGAGGACGUGCAGCGCUUCCAGCUCAUCUCCCCGCUCGUCGUUGACGACGAAGAUGCAAGCCAGACACACACCAUCACGCUGCUCACCGCCACCCUGCAAGACGGGGCGCCUUGCCCGGCCGUGAUCGUUGCUGGUGACACCAGUCUCCUCGCCAACGACACGGCGUGCUUCGACUUUGAGCGCAACCCAAUCAUUGCCCUCUCCGUGCUCGUCACAGACUCCGGCACGCCGCCGCUCAGCGCCGUGUUCAACCUCACGCUGCAGGUGCUUGAUGUGAACGAGCAACCAGCCCUCGUCCGCCUCAACAACACGCACAUGCCCGAGCUCUCGCCCGCAAACGCGGUUGUGGCGGAGAUUGCGGUUGGCGACCCAGACAACUACAACAGCGCAGUGCAGGGCGUUGCGUGUCGCCUGCUGGACGCCAACUCGCCCUUUGCCAUCGUCGCCCCAGCAAACCCCCUCGCGCCACCAAGCAGCAGCGCAGAUGAGGGCAGCACCAACAGUGGCGCUGGCGAGUUUGUGGGGCAGCUGGUGUCUGGCGGGGUGGUGGUCGUGGACAGGCCGUUUCUCAUUGACUAUGAGAGCGCUGCGUCGCAUGAGCUGCCGGUGCGAUGCACAGACACGGGAUCGCCCGCCCUCUCCCGCACCAUCACCUUCACCAUCAACAUCACCAACGUCAACGAGCCCCCAACAGCACUCAGCCUUUCCGGCACCCGCGUGGCCGAGAACAUGCCUGCAGGCACGGCAGCCGGGUUCCUCUUUGCGGUCGACCCAGACGACACGACGAGCGGUGGAAGCGGGUCGCUGGAGUUUUGCGUCGUUGAAGUCACAGGUGCAGCCACGCAGCAGCAGCAGCAGCCACCAUCAACAGCACCAGCUACAGUGACAACCGUUUCAGGUGACAGCGGCCGCGGCGGCGGCGGCUGUACAGCGCGUGAUGAGAGCGCGUUUCGUGUGGUUGGGAACCGGCUGGAGACGACCCGGCCAUUCAACGCAGAGGAGGCGCCGCUCUUGCACGUGCGCGUGCGCGCGGCCGACCAGGGCGGCCUAUGGACAGAGCGCGAGUUUGACGUCACGGUGGCGGACCAGAACGACCCUCCCCUGGCAAUUAUGCUGACACCCACGCCCGUGCGCGAGAACGAGGCCGGUGCGGUGUUAGGAAGCCUUGCGACGGUGGACGAGGAUGCCUCACAAACGCACACGUACACCGCAAUUGUGGAGGAGGCAACCACGCCCAUUGACGUCAUCAUCACCAACGGCAGCACGCUCCAGCUUGCAGCAGCCCAGGCCCUUGACUACGAGCGCACACCCCUGCUGCGUGUACGCGUCACAUCCACGGACAGCGGCACACCGCAGGCACGAAGCAUCUCCGCGGUGUUUGACAUCCCCGUGGAGAACGUCAACGAGGCCCCCACCUCCGUUCAGCUGCAGCCGCUGCUGUCGCUAGGGCACGCAACAACCCGGCUCGUGGUGCCAGAGGAUACGCCUGUGGGCACGCCCAUAGCCCGCAUCUCCGUCGUGGAUCCGGACAACACCCCUUAUGCCACAGAACAGCAGACCCACACCUGCCGCGUCACUGCUAUUGCCACUGAUCCCGACAACACCAACACCAACAACAACAACAGCAGCAGCAGCAGCAGCUCAACCACUGCAGUGCCAUCGUCAUCACCAGCAACGGGUGACCCGUCUACAUCUGUGGUGGUGGUGGUGACAGUGGUGAUGGUUGGCAACACCACAGAGCUGCACCUUGCACAGCCUUUGGACUUUGAGAACACGCCUGACAUGUUACUUCGCGUGGCGUGCACAGACUCUGGCACGCCACCGCUCACGGCAUCAAGCGACGUGACGCUUGCCAUCUCAAACGUGAACGAGCCGCCAAGCAUUGCGUUCCUUCCUGCAGCCACCCUCAACGCAACCACAAUGUCGCCUGGCAGUACGAGCGUUGGCAGCGGCAUGUCACAGAGUGGCGGAAUGGUUGUGGUGCGUGUGAGGGAGAACACUGUGGCGCCACUGCUGAUUGGACACGCGCGUGUGUCUGAUCCGGAUGACUGCGCAUCGCUGCGCUGUGGACCACCGUCAACCUUCACCUUCACAGCAAGCCCCUUUGACAUUGUGCAAGUGCUGAGCGAUAAGCGCGUUGUGCUCAAGCGCCCGCUCGACUUCGAAGCGGCCCAGCGGCGGCUGCUCAUGCUCACCGUCACCGACAGCGUCGACGACCCAACCAAGGACUCGCCCAUCACAGCCCGCGUGAACGUGAGCGUCGUGGUGGAGGACGCCAACGAUCCCAUCACCGCCGUGUCGUGCGCCCUCACGCCCGUGCCCGAGGAUGCGUCGCCUGGCACGCAGCUUGGCACGUGCACGGUGUCGGACCAGGACGCGCCCACCACUGCGUACGGCCGGCACCGCCUUUCUGUCGAAUGGACGAAUGCGCCGUCGCCGCUGCUUGCGCAGCAUGGCAUCUACGCUGACCAAGACAGCAGCACGCUUCGUCUCAAUGCGUCCCUGGACUACGAGACAACAGCCACGCUGCAGCUGCGCGUGCGUGCGCAGGACGUGAGCGCCUCGCCGCUGUCCUUCGAGACGGGCAUUUCAGUGCCCGUGGUGAACGUUGAUGAACCACCGCAGGUGCAACUCUCCAUCCGCAAGAUGCCACUGGAGGAAGGCACAUACACGCAGGCAGAACUUGCGCGCAUCACUGCUGCCGUCGACUCUGAGGGAGCGCAGGUCUCGUGCACAGCCGCCCCAGCCCCGGGCCCGGUCCACACCACCACCACCUACGCCGGCGGCAAUGCUGGUGGGGGUGUGGACGAGUGGGCGCGGCCGGUGUAUUGUCGCGAUUCGCGCCGCGAGGGCUACAACGUCUCCAUCACCACUGCAAAUGCCGUGGUACUGAGCGGCACCGUGGACUUUGAGUGCACCAAGCAUGCGAAUGUCUCGCUGACAUGCAGCGAUGGCACGACGGAGGCAGUCACGUUCAUUGUGGUGCCAAUUGCAGACGUUGCAGAGCCCCCACAGGCGGCCGUGUUCACGCCAUCCCAAGCGCUGCUGCCCUCACUCGCUGCCAUCUCGCCCGCCCCCGUGUUCACAGCCACCACCUCAGUGGCAAACAGCGGCAAUGCAACGACGACACCGCAUGCUGUCGCUGGUGUUGGUGAUCCCAUGCACGUGGCCUUCAUUGAGCAGCAGGCAGCGGCAGCUGGCGAGGGCGCUGGUGUGACGCUUGGUGUGGUGGGCUGUGUUGCCGGCACAAGCAAUGGAUGCACACUGACGCUGGCGCGCGCGACAGUUGCUGCUCCUCUGGCUGCUUCUCCGUCGCUGUCCUCGUCGUCACCACUUGUGGUUCCGUCCACGCGUCCAGCUGUGGAUGUGGCAGUGAGCGGCGAGGCAGCGGUUGUUUCGCUCGAUGCAGCAACAGGCACCAUCGCCAUCACCGACCAGCGCCUUAACUACGAAGCGGGCGCAGUGUGGACCCUCACCCUCACCGCCAACGACAACGGUGUCGGGGGUGAUGGCGUGAGCGUGGUGAGCAGCGCUGAGUUUACUGCGGUCAUUGUUGUGCGCGAUGCACCAGAGGCGCCAACGGCAGUGUCGACGCUGUGUGGCUGCCGCGACACGCCGUGUCAGAACGGCGGUCGCUGUGUGGAGCCGAGCGAGGACCUCACGGGUCUCACAUUCACCUGCAUGUGCCCUCCUGGGUUUGCGGGUGUGCAGUGCGAGGCAGCAAUCGCUGACAACGCUGGGGAUGGCACAGCGCAGGCGAACGACGGCGGCUCGUUGUAUUGCUUGCGUGUUGGAGCCGGGGUGCAAACGGGCACGACGCUGGCUCGCCUUGUUGUCGCUGACGAAGACAUUGGUGACACGUUCUCGGUGGAGGUUGGUGGACCCCUGUCCUCAGGCUUAAGUGUCACUGCACAACUUGAUGUCGUGGUCACUGCUCCGCUCGACGCCCUCAUUGCGACUGCCCUUCCACAGCAGCAGCACACGCUACCUGCUUCCCUGCCGGUGUGGCUGCUGGCCACGGAUGCUGCGGGCUUGCGUGCAAACAUCAGCGCCACCAUCGCCGUCACCCCGUGUGCCGGUGUGCUGGGUGCCUGUGGGCCGGAUGACACCUGCCGUGUUGAUGUCGCCAGUGGUGACGCCACGUGCGAGUGCGGGCCUGGGUUUGUGUUUUCCCAGGCGGAGAGCCGGUGCGUGGAGCGGGUGUGCUUGCAUGCACGCGAGGGCGAGGUUUGCACGGCGCUGACGGACACGUGUGCUUCGGGCCAGUGUGAGAACGGGGCGAUCUGUGUGGACGGCGUGGACAGCAUGGGCCGCAACACGUUCCAGUGCCUGUGCCCGGCUGGGUUUGGCGGCUUUCGCUGCGACGAGCUGCAGACGUCGUGUUCGCAGCAGCCGUGUUUGAACGGGGGAACCUGCAACGACAACACGGCCGACAGCGGGUACACGUGUGUGUGCACGGCUUCGUACACGGGUGCGCGCUGCCAGUAUCCAGCCAACGCGUGCGACAACAACAGGUGCAGCGGACUCACGGUCUGUGUUCCCCGCCCCGCAGUCACAGACACUGAAGGCACGGCGAGCCAAAGCGCACAGCCGUACACAUGUGCUUCGCAGCAGAGCCUUGUGGAGUUGCAGCUCUCAGCAGCAUCCGCAUGCAACAGUGGCGACGAUGGUGAUGGCAGCGCAGCCGAUGCGUCUGCGACGUGCGGGCAAGACCAGACAUCGGCCGUUGAGCUGACGCUCGGGGAUGCCACGCCAGAUGGGGUGACCGUGUAUGUGGUGGGAAGUGCACGCGUGGAUGACCUGCACAUCAUCACGCUCGCUGUGAUUGAUCCCGUCACGGGCGCAACGCUGGAUGCCAGCGUGGUCACACACUUGCUGCUGUCCUACUGCUCCAACGCCACAACCACCACCGGUGAUGGUACUGGCACAGGCGCCGCCAAUGCCACUUCCAUGACGACGACGACGACAGCUGUGCCAUCGACAACAGCAGCAGCACCAGCACAAACGCAGGCGCCAACAUCGGCAGCACAGGCUUCAGCAUCGGCGGGCGCCACAAACCCGCUGUGUGAUCCCGGCAGUGUUGUCAUCAUUGAUUCGGGCACGGGUUCACUGACGCCGUCAACGACAGGGCAGCUGCCGUUGAGCACAUCCACGGUACCAGUGGUGUCGACGACAACGGCCAGCCCCACCACCGCCAACCCGAACGCGGGCGCGAGUGCUGCUUCGGUGUCGCCUGGCGUUAUUGUUGGGUACAUCUUUGGUGCCCUCCUCCUCAUCGUCUUUGCUCUUCUGACCAUCUCCAUUCUUCGCCGCAGGGCCAAGAACGAGUCUGUGGUGAUCAACUUUGACGAUGGGAAGAAACACCGCCACCAGCAGGAGCAAGGCAGGACCCUGGAGGCGGCGAACCCGGCGUUUCUGCGCACACCAAACCCCUGGCUGGAGCACGAAGAGCACGUGACAGACACGCGCAGCGACCACCACGAUCUCACCGACGGCAAUGACCGUGCGGAGAAGACGAGCGCACGGCGCAGCGUGUAUGCAGCUUCACGUAGCAGUGAACAGCCUCGCGAUGAUGCCGCCGGCGUUGGGGAGCAGCACGAACAAAGGGAAGAUGAUCCCCGCUCGUCCGUGUUUGAGGCGCUGCUCAGCCACCCUGGCCUCGUGUACUCUGAUGCAAAUGGCACCGCUGGCGGUGAGGACGGUGAAGCUGACCCGCUGCACGGUGUGCGACGGAGACGGUCGAGUGCCGCUGCGCAUGCGCCCAAGAGGCGGUCUCGGUUCAUCGGUGACAGUGACGAUGACAACUCCGACGCCAGCAGUGACGAUGAUGAUACUGAUGCUGGCGAUGGCGGCUCGCCUGUAUUGCGAGAGGAGGAUGAGGACGUUGGGUACAUUGAAGUGGAGAGUGUUGGGCCCGAUGGCACGAAGAGCGUGCGCCGCGUGCGCCGGCCUGCAGACGACGGUUCUGGCGGCUUGAACGACCCCGUCAUUCUCAACCCGCUCUUCGCGAGUGCCGGGCUGCUCAAUGACAGUGACGACAAGCACGACGACGCUGGCGCCGGUUAGUGUUUGGUUGAGGGGAAGGUGUAGAAGGGUCCUGGUGUGGACGUGGUCGGCAUCAUGGGCAGUGCGGACGAGUGCUUUUGUUUUGCCC